AGCUGGCUGGCUGGCGGGUGCCGAACGCGGCCCCGGCUCUCGCUGCAGCACCGCCUCGUCUCGCGUCGCAGGCCGGCCCGGCGGCCGUGACAAUGUUGCGGGGCUGGUAGCUGGGCGCCGGCCGCCGAGCCGUCUCAAGUUUAAACUUACACGAAUCGCUCUCUUGAGGAGGAGGGGACCGCCGCGCGAUUGACACGCAUAUUCCUAUAGGCAUCCUCCCUCUGCCCCCACCCCCACGGCCGGAUUCGGGUGGCUCCUCUCCGCGCUGAAAUCGGAGAAGAAAUCCUUGGAUCUCUUGUUUUCUUUAAAAAAGAAAAGAAAAGAAAAGAAAAAAAAUCUAGAAACCGUUGGUAUUUUGCUUUACUGCUUCCUAUUCGCAAGAUGAAGAAGUUUUUCGACUCCCGGCGAGAGCAGGGCUGCUCUGGCCUGGGCUCUGGCUCCAGCGGAGGAGGGGGCAGCACCUCGGGCCUGGGCAGUGGCUACAUCGGAAGGGUCUUUGGCAUUGGGCGACAGCAGGUCACUGUGGACGAGGUGUUGGCGGAAGGUGGAUUUGCUAUCGUGUUUCUGGUGAGGACAAGCAAUGGAAUGAAAUGUGCCUUGAAACGCAUGUUUGUCAACAAUGAGCAUGAUCUCCAGGUGUGCAAGAGAGAAAUCCAGAUAAUGAGGGACCUGUCCGGACACAAGAACAUUGUGGGUUACAUUGACUCCAGUAUCAACAAUGUGAGUAGCGGUGAUGUAUGGGAAGUUCUCAUUCUGAUGGACUUCUGUAGGGGAGGCCAGGUGGUCAACCUGAUGAACCAACGCCUGCAAACAGGUUUUACAGAGAACGAAGUACUCCAGAUAUUUUGUGACACCUGUGAAGCCGUUGCCCGCCUGCAUCAGUGCAAAACUCCUAUUAUCCACCGUGACCUGAAGGUUGAAAAUAUCCUCUUGCAUGAUCGAGGCCACUACGUCCUGUGUGACUUUGGAAGUGCUACGAACAAAUUCCAGAACCCGCAAACUGAGGGAGUCAAUGCAGUCGAAGAUGAGAUUAAGAAAUACACAACGCUGUCCUAUCGAGCACCAGAAAUGGUCAACCUGUACAGUGGCAAAAUCAUCACUACGAAGGCAGACAUUUGGGCUCUUGGAUGUUUGUUGUAUAAAUUAUGCUACUUCACUUUACCAUUUGGGGAGAGUCAGGUGGCAAUUUGUGAUGGAAACUUCACAAUUCCUGAUAACUCUCGAUAUUCCCAAGACAUGCACUGCCUAAUUAGGUAUAUGUUGGAACCAGACCCUGACAAAAGGCCGGAUAUUUACCAGGUCUCCUACUUCUCAUUUAAACUACUCAAGAAAGAAUGUCCAAUUCCUAAUGUACAGAACUCUCCCAUUCCUGCAAAGCUUCCUGAACCAGUGAAAGCCAGUGAGGCAGCUGCAAAAAAGACCCAGCCAAAGGCCAGACUGACAGAUCCCAUUCCCACCACAGAGACUUCAAUUGCACCCCGCCAGAGGCCUAAGGCUGGGCAGACUCAGCCGAACCCAGGAAUCCUUCCCAUCCAGCCAGCCCUGACACCUCGCAAGAGGGCCACGGUUCAGCCCCCACCUCAAGCUGCAGGAUCCAGCAAUCAGCCUGGCCUUUUAGCCAGUGUUCCCCAACCAAAAACUCAGCCCCCACCCAGCCAACCCCUACCACAAUCUCAGCCCAAGCAGCCACAGGCUCUGCCCACCUCCCAGCAGGCGCCUUCCACUCCGGCCCAAGGUCUGCCCACUCAGGCCCAGGCCACACCUCAGCACCAGCAGCAACUCUUUCUCAAGCAGCAACAGCAGCAGCCGCAGCAACAGCCACCGCCGCCACCACAGCAGCCAGCGGGCACGUUUUACCAGCAGCAGGCCCAGGCUCAGCAGUUUCAGGCAGUACACCCAGCAACCCAGCAACCAGUGAUUGCCCAGUUCCCUGUGGUAUCCCAAGGAAGCUCUCAACAGCAGCUGAUACAGAACUUCUACCAGCAGCAGCAGCAGCAGCAGCAACAGCAGCUGGCCACAACCCUGCAUCAACAACAGCUGCUGACUCAGCAGGCUGCCUUGCAGCAGAAGACCGCUGUGGCAGCAGUACAGCAGCCCCAGGCACAGCAGGCCGCAGCCCCGCAACCACCCCCUGCCCAGGAGCCAGCACAGAUUCAAGCCCCGGUGAGACAACAGCCAAAGGUUCAGACAACCCCACCUCCUGCCAUCCAGGGGCAGAAACUCGGAUCUCUCACUCCUCCGUCAUCCCCCAAGACCCAGCGUGCUGGGCACAGGCGGAUUCUCAGUGACGUAACCCACAGUGCAGUCUUUGGAGUCCCUGCCAGCAAAUCAACCCAGCUGCUUCAGGCAGCUGCAGCUGAGGCCAGUCUCAAUAAGUCCAAGUCUGCAACCACCACCCCAUCAGGCUCUCCUCGGACCUCCCAGCAAAACGUUUAUAAUCCUUCAGAAGGUUCUACAUGGAAUCCCUUCGAUGAUGACAAUUUUUCCAAACUGACAGCUGAAGAACUACUAAACAAGGACUUUGCCAAGCUGGGGGAAGGCAAACAUCCUGAGAAGCUUGGAGGCUCAGCUGAGAGUUUGAUCCCAGGCUUUCAACCAACCCAAGGCGAUGCUUUUGCCACUGCCUCAUUUCCUGCUGGAAUCGAAAAAGCUGAUGUUGCUGUUGAGAGUCUCAUACCAGGACUGGAGCCCCCGGUGCCCCAGCGCCUCCCAUCUCAGACGGAAUCUGUGACCUCGAACCGCACAGAUUCUCUCACUGGGGAAGAUUCCUUGAUUGACUGCUCUCUGCUUUCUAACCCUACUACUGACCUUCUGGAAGAGUUUGCCCCCAUAGCCAUCUCUGCUCCAGCCCAUAAAGCUGCAGAAGAUAGUAAUCUCAUCUCAGGUUUUGAUGUCCCUGAGGGCUCGGACAAGGUGGCAGAAGACGAGUUUGACCCUAUUCCUGUAUUGAUAACCAAAAACCCACAAGGUCUCCAGAGAGAGCCCAAUCCUUGUCCUGUAAUAACUGUAGAGCACUUUAAAGCAUCAACGGGUGUUAAAGGCCUUCCCCUGUAUCCAGACCCCUCCAGAGCACCUGGCACGAAAACUCAGAACAGUUUAGAAUCUGACUGCUUGGCCCGAGAUGGCCCUUCAAGCAACAGCUCAUUCCACAGCAGUGAAGAGGAAGGGACUGACCUCGAGGGGGACAUGCUAGACUGCAGUGGGUCUCGACCUCUCCUCAUGGAGUCUGAAGACGAGGAUGAGAGCUGCAAACCUCCACAGGAGAAGCUGGGAGGAGCCAUUCCAUUCGCUCAGCCAGAAAUCUCUACUGAGAAAGCAAAGGUAGUGCAAGGUGGAAGAAAGAACCAGUUCCAAACUGUCACACAACCAACUGCUGAUGGUCUCGGUGAGCCAGAUGUUUUUGCCACAGCCCCUUUCAGGAGCUCAAGGGUUCCGACUGAUGACAUGGACAUUUUCUCCAAAGCCCCAUUUGUCUCCAAGGGCAGUGUGGCUCCUCCUCAGCCAGAGGAGGCAGACGUGUUCUUGAGAGCUCCUUUUACCAAGAAGAAAAGCAUGGAGGAGUUAACAGUUGCCCAGAGCACCUCCCAGGAGCUGCCUGCGCAGGCCAGUCUCCUCAGUCAGACAGAUGAUGUCCCUCUGCUCUCUGGCCUUGAUCGAGCAGUGUAUGCCUCUGUCCGAGCUCAGUAUUCCGUGACUGGUUUUGUCCAACAAUCUAACCUCCCCUCCCAUUCUGUACAAGCAGCAGACCAUCUUGACAGCACCUCUCCUAGGGGAUCCUCCCUGGAAUCUGGGGGCCAUCCUAAUGACAGAAACAAAGGACUUCAGCCCCAGAAAGAACCUGUUACGGGCCCCGUGGCUGGCAAACCAUUCCGCCCCCAGUCUUUAUCCAAAUAUUCCCGUCACUAUAGCCCAGAAGAUGAGCCAAAUCCAGAAGCCCAGCCCAUCGCUGCCUACAAAAUUGUUUCACAAACCAACAAGCAGUCGAUAGCUGGCUCUGUUUCCAUCACAUCCCUCUCCUCCAGGACUAUGGAGCUGCCGGCUGCUGAUCCUUUUGCUUUAGCACCCUUUCCUUCAAAAUCAGGCAAGCGAAACCUUAGGAGCGAUACCUGAGCCUUAGGCCUCUGUCUCUACUCCACCCUCGGUACCCACCACAUCGCUCCCAGCUGAGCCUUCCUAAGAAGAAAUAUAUCAGUUAUUAUCUUUCAGUUCCGUGGAUCAGAGUAGAACUUCUUCAGUCAACAAACUCAGUUGCAGUGAGACUUAGUUGAAACCCCUUUAAGUUAUGCUCAUUUCUUUUGUUUAUAUUGAUUUCUGGACUUUCGGGCAUUUCCAUCUCUAUCUCCACUCAGAACUCUGCUGUUUUUUUGUUUGCCCAGAAACUGUUUAAAUCCAGAAAUACUUCACCCCAACCCCAAAGGAGCCAUGUUACUGCUAGUUUAUUCCUGCAGUUCCUGUUCUGAGUCAUGUCCAUCGAGGAAUUAAGAUUAGUCCCUCCAGGACUUGCAAAGGGGAUAUUUCUGGAAAGAAAUGCAAGAUAAAACUCCUGCACAUCAAGAGGAAGUGUAAUCCUGCAGAUACUAAUCAUUCCUAUAAAACCAGCAGCUCUAGAAGGAUUCUCCAGAUCUGUCUCUGAGUCUGUGCAAGCCAGGCUGGCCCUCAUGCAUGAGAGUGUCUGCGGGCGUGUCACAUCCUUUCCUAUGUGAAAAUGCAAACAGAUGAGAUAUCUGUGCUCAUGUCUAACAGUGUUGAGCCUUCCCCACAUCCACACUUUUAAAAUUAGUAUGAGUGCACAGGUGUGUGUGUGCAUGUGUGUGUGCACAGGAAACAUUUUUCUUUAGGUAAAUCCUGUCCCAUCAUGCCUACCUCCAAAAUCACUCAGUGACUGGUGUUUGUCUCCUGACAUAGCUGACUUGAGCCCUGUUUUUAUUUAGUUCUUUUCUCGUGGCAAAGUUGAAUUCACUGGAAGGUGCGGGAAAAUCCUGCUGGAACUGAGGUUUCAGAGUAGAUUUUUUCUCCUCCAGAAUUUACUGUUUGCUGUUAACAAAUUCCAUUUACAUGAUCUUGAAAAAUUAAUUAUCCUUAUACAUUUUCCCCUGAGAACAAUGGAAAAGAGCACCUUGUUACAGUUCCAACCUCUGGGUAUGUGGUCUUAGUAAUUUUUAAAAGAACUUAAAAACCUUAGUUCUGAGCACUCCAUACUGUCAUUAUGGAAUUAAUUAAUCAUGAGACUGGGCUACUAGAUUAGCUUGCUUGUUUGUUUUUUCCAAAUCCUUGCCAUCUUUCUCUACUGCCUCUUGAGGAAAUAUAAAUCUGAGACAUUUAAAUAAGUUUGUCUGGGAGAAUGGAAAAGAGCUGAAUCAGCUAGCCAUGAAAACCUUUCAAUUCUCUGUCCUCUUUAGAUGUUGAAGUAGGCCAGAUAGGUGACUGACUUGUGUUUUUGAAGUGUCUUCUGUCUCUGGAAAGAUCUGACUCAUUCCUGGCUAUUUUCAUCCCUUUAUUAUUAGUGCCUUAAAACGAAACUUACGUCUCAAUGUGACAAUUUCUGCUGAGGAAGUUCAACUUAAUGGAAAGAGUUGCUGCACCAUGUUUCAACUUGAAAGCUUCCUGGACUGUAGUAAACGUUAGUGAUUUCUCCAUUAGCUGGAGAAGUUGGGAGAGUUGCCUACCAAACCAGAUUAAUGAUUUAAGAAUUAUUGGAAAUUCAUCCAAGAAUCAAGCCUGAAUGCCAGACUCUACUGCAGUUGAGUAGGUGUCAUACUCUUUAAGAAGUUCAGAGAUCUUGGCAGUAAAAUAUGAACAGCUACUUUUCAAGACUUUUUCUAGUUUAGUCUCCACCUAUUUAAAAUGUCCAGGUUAAAAGAUAAACUUAAAUAAUUGGCACUGGAUCAGGGCUACCAGCAAUGGUUUUCCAGCUGAGGUUUCAACUGUGCCAGUCUUUCACUAUGGUGGACGCUAAAUGUUUAUUCUAAGAGUUUGCUUUUCUCCCAAGGGUCAUUUCUGAUUGUUCUGUGUAACAAUGGAUGUAAAAUCAUCUUUCCAGUUGUAUGAAUAGUUUUGGCUAAUGCAUAUGGAACUUUGCACACCAAACUCUUCCCCUGGCCGUUAUCAGUUAAAGCCAUCAAAGGCAGGAACUAAGAGGACAGGAAUAUUCAGGGAGAGUUCUCACCCCAAGUCAAAAACUCUUAAAAAGUGGAAGGUCAUUCUAAUUCAUUUUUCCAAUAUUCAGGAUUACUUUUAUAACAGCCCUGCAAAAUAUCUUUCCUUCGAUUACUUGAUCACUCCUUCCUAAACAAGUAGCCAUCAUUUUAGUUCUUAAGGUAAAAUCAAUAAAAUCAUGGUGAUUUUAUUAUAUAGUUGAAUCAUUUGUCAAGCACGGGCUUGUAACCCUUUUUUAUUCUGACUGGAGACCUAUGAUGAGUGGAGACUUGAAGUACCUUCUUUGAAUAGGAAAUAAAUAUAAAUCCAUGCAAAGUACUUUUGUAUUAUUCUUACUGAGUGAUGCAUGAAAAUUUUUUGACUUGGAUUACAUUAAUUAUUAGCUAAUAACUAGUGAAUUCCACACUGAUCUUCUUUGGAUCAUAUAGGGUAAAUGCAUCAUCUAACGAUAAAAUGUUCUUGCCAGAAGCCAUCCUGAAUCUGGAAAUCUGGAAAAUUUAGUUUUCAGCGAAUCAGGAGUGCUCAGAGUGCUUUGAAUUAGUAGCAAAUGCAUGUUUCCAACAACUAUACUGCAACAAGUUAACACUAAAGGGAAAGGGAAAAUAUAUAGUCAAAAAUAUACUGCACUUCUUGUUUUAGUUUGUUUUAUGUGUUAUUUGCUUUACACAUCUGAUAGGGAAUGCAGAAACUUGUGACCUUUCAUUUCAGUGGAGCACGAUGAGCCAGAAUAUAUUUAGACAUAAAGCAUUGAACCACAACAUGCACUGAUGAACUCGUAAAGAAUCCACAUUAAUUGACUAACAGGCACUAUUGAAUUAUUGAAGUUAUUUAUAUGUGGUGAAAAAUACUUAACAUAAAUGUUUCUUGGGCUCACAUACAAGCCCUUUAGCUCCAAAUCCUUGUUAGAUUGGAAAAUGGAAUAAACAAAAUUUGAUGGUGAAGCAGACGCUGGGCAGGACCUAAUGAAAUCUAGGUCAUAAACUCUAUUUCAUUCUGGGCUCGCUCAUUGUUGAGUUGAAAAUUUCAUAUGUGUGGACUGGUGUAUAUGUUUUCACAAACCCAUGUUAGGUCUGAGUUUAAUCUGGCAACCAGGAUUUCUUUGUAAACAUUCAAGAAAAAUACCAAUAUCUUAUUGACCCAUUAUUUAUUAAGUUUUAGAAUACAUGAAUAUCAGUGUUUCCAACUAUUUGGUGGACAUUUCAGUGACAUAAAUAGCAGAUUUUCAGUUUUAUUUAAAGUAAGUGUAAUCACCAGAGUGAUCUGACAACAGAAAUUCAAUCAUGGUAUAUUUGCUCCCAUAAAGAACAGUCAUCAAUACAUAGAUCAUAUAAUAGGUAUGCAUUAUAUCAAAUAGGAAAUUGUAUAGGAAACUGGAGGAGGGUGAGAUCCAACUCUCUAGCAGGAAGGAUACUACUUAAAACGGAGUCACUUGGGUCCCUUUAAUAAAGAUGUUAUUCUCUACUGUGUCUUUGGAAUUGAAAUUGGAGAACACAUGCCAAUCAACUCUGGAAUGGCUGCUGGUCACACAGAUGCAGUUUUAUCUGAGACAUUUGGAACCCAGAUUAUUUUGAUGAAAGGUACAUAGGAGAGCUGCUGAAAAGACCACAGCUUCUAAGGAGGCAGGGGCACCUUGUAAGUGCCCACAGCCACUCCUGAGUUCUAAUCCUCUUCUAACCUGCCUGGUGGAGUAAACAUGAAGAUUUUAAAUGGAAUCAUGUAAUUUAAAUUUAUGGUUUUUCUUAUACUUUUGUCAACUACCACUUGUGUGGUUUUGGGCUGUCUUUUUUUUUUUUUUUAACCACCAGAACACUUGCAAACUUGUGAAGUUCACUUAAGGAAGGAUUUCAAAAUGCUUGAAAAUAAACAGUAGUAUCUAGUUGGGAAUUAUUUUUGUGUUCUUUUGCUACAGAAGAAAUUUGCUAGGUUGCAGAAAACAACUACCUGGCUCAGCUUAGAUGUGGGAAUGCACUCUGGCAGUGUCUUGAUUCCCAGGAUGCCAGCUUGCUCUCUGACUUCCUGGUCCCAUCUGUCUCAUUUGCACCUUGACCUUUGUUAGGAAACAGGCCUCCCAUGUGUGGUACGCAAGAUCCCAUCAUUAAAAUACUGCCAGACACAGCUCGACACAGCUCGUUCCUGUUUUUUCUCUACCCCUGCAAGUCUUCCCGGCUCACUUCCCUUGUUCCUGUGCCUGCUUCAUUUCCUCACUUGACAUUCCCCCAUUAUGACGUAUCAGUAAGUGGAUGAUGAGAGGUAUGAUUGAAUGAUCAUGUCAAUUUUUAUUUGCUUCCUUCGUUACUGUAAACAGUUUCUUCUUAAGUUUCAGCCUAGCCUGUGAUAAUCUCACCACACUGGAAUAAUUCCAAAUAAGAAUGAAAGGGCUCACCUUCCCCAUUUCUUAUGGAUUUCUUUAGGAUGAAGGAAGGUUGGCAGAAGCCCAGCCUUACUGAGGAGACACAACCCAAAGGCAUUUCUCCACCUUCAUCUAACACAGGCAUAGAGUGCAGAGGGAAGUUUAUGUGUGAAGAGACUCUGGAAUAGCUUGUAAAAAUGACUAAAUGUAACCAGCACACUGGUGGCUUCAUCCAGUAUUCCCAUAACUUGUAAUUCCAUAGGAAAUUUAGUCUGAGCUACUUGCCAGCAGUCUCAAUAUAUGUGACACUGUUUUGAGUUUAUGAUAACAAUAUUUUGUUCUUGAAAUCAAGUCAAUGUUAUCUGCAUUG